GUAUUCUUGACCCAAAUAAAAACCAAUUCCGAAUGAAAUUACAUGGUAAGACUUAUAUUAUUCCGACAUUCAGCAAGAACCCAAUAGCAAAAGAAUCACCAAAAGAUACAGAGUCAUCAAAAACAUUGGAUUCCGAUUCAUCUAGUGAAGAGUUAAAAAAAAAUGCGUAA